CUCCUCUUACUCCCUAGGCAGUCCACUUCUGAGACGUGUUCCCUCUGCAACUGUGACAACCCUGAGUCGGUCAAACAAAUGUGUGAGGCAUCUCCCCAGCAUGGAGGCAUGCUGACUUUCCUUAAUGAAUCAAUGAUUUUCCAAAUACCUCUAAACACAUACUCAGCAUCAGGCUGCAGGGCCCGGCAAACAGAUCGACAGCUCACGUCAAGCUCAGCGAUUUCUCAUCUGGACAAGCUGAAGCUCCUGGCAUCCUUGGAAGUUGCAAAUGGAUUAACAGCCAGUCUGGGCAGCACAGUGAAACCCAAGCCAAUCACCGCUGCGGAGUCAGGCAGUCCCACGGGGUCGAGGGUUUUGUACAAAGACGAAACCCAUUCCGGUUUUGUGGGAUCGGAGGUGAUUGAUGAGCCCAGUGUAAGAAGGCCAGAGUCGGCCACAGGCAGUCCCAUGGGGUCGAGGGUUUUGUACAAGGUCGAAACCCAUUCCGGUUUUGUGGGAUUGGAGGUGAUUGAUGAGCCCAGUGUAAGAAGGCCAGAGUCGCCCACAGCUGGGGAUCGUCUGCACAUUAGGGAGACAACCCGUGUGCCCCAGAGCGAUGAGAAACAGGAGAUGUAUAUGGGAACUGACGCGUCAUCAAGGAAGUAUAACAAAGCUUUGCCUGAUGUCAGCAAGUCUCCGAAAAUGGUUCCGAGUAGCAGUGGACCAAGGGUGCACGAGACUGAGAGAGGGAAGCGGGCACCACCAAUCAUGCUCAGCAUGGCAACUGCGUCCCUGGUCAGCCUGGACACUGUUCAGGAGCAGAAUGAAGGUGUGAACAAUGCUGAGAAUGGGCUCUCCAAGGUCCCAGCUUCACUUGACUCCUUUCCAUCAGCACCACAAGCCAUCAACCCUGCAGUGAAUCGCAAGAAGAUCAAAGCACAGAGACUCCCAAAACUGACAGCCGGGGCCAACAAACUCUUUCUGCCCAAAGUUGUGAGUGGGACAACAGUUGCAAUGCACCAUCCCAGCAGAGGACCUUCAAGUAUAAGGCAGCCUUUGGUCUCCACUGCUACAGACAGUGCAGAUGGACACAGGCAGGCAACAAGCAGAAAGUCACCAGAAAUGCAGGAAGAGGAUUCAGAGUGUGAGAAACAGCAGAACAUGGAAUGAAAUUUGCCUAUGGAAACACCCAAAGACCUGCAGGCCUGUGGCAGCAGCAAACAAACUUGACAAAGCUAUCCAGCACUAGUGGUGCCACUUAACCAUUCAGUCAGUUUUCCCAAUUCCACUGGAAACUCUGUUCCUAUUUCCCACCAAUAUAUCUUUGGAAGGAACUUACUCUUCUAGUCAAUGUUAAAAUGAUUCUAUUUUUAUAUCUGAUUUGUUCUUACUUGUGUCUGGUAUGUGUGCAAUUUACACAGUAAAUAAAAACUUA